CUGGGCAUCGUCGGUUUUGGCCGCAUCGGCCAGGUCGUGUGCCGGAAGGCGCUGGCCUUUGGCUUCGAGAUCCUGGCCUGCGACCCGUUCGUGCCCGCCGAAACAGCGACGAAGCUCGGCGGCAAAAUGGUGGAUAUGCCAACGCUGUUGAAGGAAUCCGACUUCGUGACCCUGCACUCGCCGCUGAUCCCCGAGACGAGAAACAUGAUCGGCGCGGCCGAACUCGCCUCAUGA